AUGAGGCGCCUGGGCUCCGUGCAGCGGAAAAUGCCCUGUGUGUUUGUGACGGAGGUGAAGGAGGAGCCCUCCGCCAAGAGGGAGCAUCAGACAUUUAAAGUUUUGGCCACUGAAACUGUAAGUCACAAGGCAUUAGAUGCAGAUAUAUACAGUGCCAUUCCAACAGAAAAAGUGGAUGGAACAUGUUGUUAUGUUACUACCUACAAAGGUAGACCAUAUCUUUGGGCCCGGUUAGAUAGAAAACCUAACAAACUAGCUGAAAAAAGAUUUAAAAAUUUUCUACAUUCAAAACAAAACUCAAAAGAAUUUUUUUGGAAUGUUGAGGAGGACUUCAAACCGGUUCCAGAGUGCUGGAUUCCAGCGAAGGAAAUUGAACAAUUAAAUGGAAAUCCGAUGCCUGAUGAAAAUGGACACAUUCCUGGGUGGGUACCAGUGGAGAAAAACAACAAGCAGUAUUGUUGGCAUUCCUCUGUAGUUAAUUAUGAAUUCGAAAUAGCCCUGGUACUGAAGCAUCAUCCUGAUGAUUCUGGUCUUUUGGAAAUUACUGCAGUGCCACUGUCAGACCUCUUAGAACAGACGCUGGAGCUUAUAGGGACAAAUAUUAAUGGAAACCCAUAUGGAUUAGGAAGCAAGAAGCAUCCAUUACAUCUUCUCAUACCACAUGGAGCGUUUCAGAUAAGAAACCUACCUUCCUUGAAGCACAGUGAUCUGUUGUCCUGGUUUGAAGGUUGCAGAGAGGGUAAAAUUGAAGGAAUAGUAUGGCAUUGCAAUGAUGGCUGUUUAAUCAAGGUCCAUCGCCAUCAUCUUGGCUUAUGCUGGCCAAUUCCAGAUACUUACAUGAAUUCAAAACCGGUUAUUAUUAACAUGAAUUUGAACAAACGUGACUAUGCUUUUGAUACUAAGUGUCUAUUUAAUCAUUUUUCAAAAAUAGAUCAUCAGAAAUUUAGUAGGCUCAAAGAUAUAAUACUCGAUGAAUAG